AUGUCUCAAAGCACACUCCUGCCCGGAUACAACCACGUCGACGCGUUUGGACCGGAUGGGGACUAUGAAGAUGUCGACGGGGAAGUAGAAGAAGAGGUCGAAUAUGUCACCCUCGACCUCGGAUCCAUCGAGCCCACCCUCGUCCCGAGCUCCUCAGCCUACAGACUCAUCGGGCUAGACUCCCCGACCCCCUUUCUCCAGCUUUCUGGGACAAUGCUCAAGGGACAGCACGUUUCCCUCCUGGGCACCGAGCUGCUCUUCGCGGAAUCAGCCGAAGACGGCGCGGACAGGAGUAAAAGGGCCCUUGCGCAUGUAGCGAUCACGGAGAAGCGCAUUCGCUUUCGAGAAGUGGAACUCAAGCCCAAAAGCAGCAGCGACGCGCCCGCAGCGGGACCCCCGACGACCGAGGCCAAGUCUAGCAACACGGCAAAGAAGGUCCAGAGUCAAAUGAAACGGGUCAUGGCUGGGAGUGCGGGUCCCUCUCGGAGGGGGCGUGGUGGACGGAAACGCGGGAGAGGGUUGACGAGAGCGCAGGCAAAGGCGCGCCAGGAGGUGGACGAGGUGGACGAGCCAAAUGCAGAGCCAGACGCGGUGCGUGAUGUCGGGGACUCUGCGUCGGUGGCAAUGGAUACAUCCGAAGGAUGA